UGAGAGGAAGAGGGAAAAAAGUUGGGUACUUUGAUCUUUGGUUUGCUUCAGUUCUGCGAUAAUGGAGAAGCACAAAUGCAAGCUCUGUGCUCGAACAUUCUCUAAUGGCAGAGCUUUAGGAGGCCACAUGAAAGGUCACUUAGCCACUCAUCCACUGCCUCAGAAGACGGCUCACCAGCACCAACACGGUGAUCGCACUGACUCGGCUUCUUCGUCAUCGUCUUCAUCAGAUGAGGAGCAAGAACUUGGAGAAGAGAAAAUCAGAGUUCUCGAAGAGAAAUGUUUGGUUUACGGGUUAAGAGAGAAUCCCAAGAAGAGUUUCAGGUACGCAGAUCCUGAAUUCUCGUUUGCAGCCAAUUUUGGGUCCGUUGUUCAAUAUAUAGAAAGCGAGACCGAGUCAGGGAACCCAACUCGGAGACGAUCCAAGAGAUGUCGAGAGCUGGGUACUAACAAGGAACCAGAGGUGUUGAUGAAAUCCAGUUUGGUCGAGUCACCGACAGAGCAAGAACCGGUGAGCUCAGUUUCCGAUACUUCACCUGAAGAACAUGUUGCUAUGUGUCUUAUGAUGCUGUCGAGAGAUGUCUGGAAAAGCAAAAACGUGGAACAAAAAUCCGUUCAGGAGUUGAACAAGAAGAAGAUUCGUGGGAAGCAUCGAUGUGAGAAAUGUAAGAAAACGUUUCGAUCUUAUUACACAUUGGAUGAACACAAAAGGGUUUGCUCUGAAACUGAGAAAACAGGUAAAAUCGCCGCUGUUGCUGCUUUUGUUGGCUCCAACGACAGCAGGACAUUUGAGUGCCCAUUGUGCUGUAGAGUGUUCGGUUCAGGACAAGCACUCGGCGGUCACAAAAGAUCCCAUUUUCUCGCCGCCGCCGCUGCAAAUUCAGGCAAAUUUGACAACAAUUUGAUAGAUCUAAACUUGCCAGCUCCAUUGGAAGAUGAUGAGUUCAGUGUGGUAUCAGAUGCGUAGCUGUUAUGGGAUCGAAUUCACGUACGUGGAUCUGAUGCUCUAUAUUCAAUUUUUUAUGCAAUUUUUUCACUGUAGUUUCUAAUAUUUCUUCAUUCAUAGAUGAAUCACGAAUGUUUGGAUUUCUUUCUAUUCUUCAUUGUCUCUGACCCACAC